AAAGGAUCUGGUGGGAAUCAUCCGUAUCCGCUAACUCAGGUGCAGCAACAACGGGUAGUACCUUUGACCAUUUUGUACCACACCGUAAGCAGAAAGUCCCGCCGCUCCUCCGCCGCUCUCCGCCAUGGCUCGGGCAGCUUCCACUUCUAGUACUAUCGGCCUUCCCAGAUUCAGCCCCUCAUCUCUCCAAUCACCUCACCAACCGCCGAGCUUCGUGAAUUUCUCCUCCUGUGUUCAGAAGAAAACUCGCCGGCAUCGCCGGAUUUUCUGCCAAAACAACCCCGAUCCAGUCGAUUCCGCCGCCGCGGCAGACGAAAAGCCGUUGAUUGAGCCGGAAUCAGGAACCAACGGAAGCUCGGAUAACGCCGCCGCGGCAGAAGCAACUCCGUCCACCGGUACCGGAUUUCCGGAGUAUCCGGACAAAAACUUCAAUCGGCGAAUCGCACUUGGUUCUACACUCGGAGCUCUCGGAUUGUUCUUGUCGGCGAGAUUAGACGUCGGAGGAGGCUCAUCGUUGAAGGAACUUUCCGCCGCCGCAUUGCCAUAUGAAGAGGCUCUUUCAAAUGGCAAGCCAACUGUUGUGGAAUUCUAUGCGGAUUGGUGUGAAGUAUGUCGAGAAUUAGCUCCAGAUGUGUACAAAGUGAAGCAGCAGUACAAGGACCGAGUAAAUUUUGUUAUGAUGAAUGUUGACAAUACGAAAUGGGAACAAGAGCUCGACGAAUUUGGUGUUGAGGGUAUCCCACAUUUCGCGUUUUUGGACAGAAAAGGUAACGAGGAGGGGAAUGUGGUGGGGCGCCUUCCAAGACAAUACUUGCUCGAAAACAUUGAUGCCUUAGCUCGUGGAGAAGAAACUAUACCUCAUGCUCGUGUGGUUGGACAAUUUUCGAGGGCUGAAUCUAGAAAAGUACGUCCGGUUUCUGAUCCAAGAAGCCAUGGCUAGAAAAUUCCAGGUUAGUUUUGUUGAAUCGAAAACUCUUGGGUUGGAAAUAUGUUUACAGUGGAAUAUAGAUUUAACUUAUUUUGAUGUCGAAAUAAGUAUAUAAACUGUAUAUCGUGUGUGUAAAAUAGAAAUUUCCAACCUGCUUUUAUUGAACUUUAGUUGAAUUGGUCCAGGUAUUGUGUAUAUCUAUCUAUAUUGUUAUUUGUUAUAAUUUUUAGUUUACAUUUUUAGUC